AGGCUCUGCAGUCUGUCAGAGAUCAGCUGUUCUUCUCUGGCUUCAGCUCUGAGGUCAAACCCCUCUCAUCUGAGAGAACUGGAUCUGGGAGGAAACACUAAGCUGCAGGACUCAGCAGUGAAGGAGCUGUGUGGUUUUCUACAGAGUCCAACCUGUCGACUGAAGACUCUGAGGUUGGAGGAGUGCAGUCUGUCAGAGAUCAGCUGUUCUUCUCUGGUUUCAGCUCUGAGGUCAAACCCCUCUCAUCUGAGAGAACUGGAUCUGAGUGGAUACAAAAACCUGCAGUACUCAGGAGUGAAGGAGCUGUGUGGUUUUCUACAGAGUCCAACCUGUCAACUGGAGACUCAGAUCAGCUGUUCUUCUCUGGCUUCAGCUCUGAGGUCAAACCCCUCUCAUCUGAGAGAACUGGAUCUGAGAGGAAACAAAUACCUGCAGGACUCAGGAGUGAAGGAGCUGUGUGGUUUUCUACAGAGUCCAACCUGUCAACUGGAGACUCUGAGGUUGGAGAGCUGCAGUCUGUCAGAGAUCAGCUGUUCUUCUCUGGUUUCAGCUCUGAGGUCAAACCCCUCUCAUCUGAGAGAACUGGAUCUGAGUGGAUACAAAAACCUGCAGUACUCAGGAGUGGAGGAGCUGUGUGGUUUUCUACAGAGUCCAACCUGUCAACUGGAGACUCUGAGGUUGUGGGGCUGCAGUCUGACAAAGAUCAGCUGUUCUUCUCUGGCUUCAGCUCUGAGGUCAAACCCCUCUCAUCUGAGAGAACUGGAUCUGAGAGGAAACAAAUACCUGCAGGACUCAGGAGUGAAGGAGCUGUGUGGUUUUCUACAGAGUCCAACCUCUCGACUGGAGAUUCUGUGGUUGGGGGACUGCGGACUGAAAGAGAUCAGCUGUUCUUCUCUGGCUUCAGCUCUGAGGUCAAACCCCUCUCAUCUGAGAGAACUGGAUCUGAGAGGAAACAAAUACCUGCAGGACUCAGGAGUGAAGGAGCUGUGUGGUUUUCUACAGAGUCCAACCUCUCGACUGGAGAUUCUGUGGUUGGGGGACUGCGGACUGAAAGAGAUCAGCUGUUCUUCUCUGGCUUCAGCUCUGAGGUCAAACCCCUCUCAUCUGAGAGAACUGGAUCUGAGAGACAACAGGCUGCAGGACUCAGGAGUGAAGGAGCUGCUUGAUCUACAGCAGAGUCCAACCUGUCGACUGGAGACUCUGAGGUGGAGGAAGUGAUCUUAGUGGAGCUGAGUGUGAAGAGGACAGUGUGUGUGGACGGAGGCUGAGCUGUGUCCUGAGGAUCCAGAGGCUGAAGCAGCAGCAGCUUGUGUGUAGUCUCCAAUCUACACAACCCCUAAACUGCAUGUGUUUGUGAGAUGAAGCCGGAGCACCUGGAGAAAACACGUGGAGAACAUGCAGACUCCACACAGGAAGACCCAUCUGAACCGGAUUCAAACCAGCAACCUUCCUGCACCGAGUGUGUUUAUUCACAUGAAGAAUGUGUUUAUUGAAAUGACACAACACAAGCAGAACAUAUAAACCCUCUAUAAAGAGUCACAUACAGUGUGUUUAAGUUUGUCUUUAUUAUUGUCCACCUUUGUCCCUCAGUAUGUCUCCAUGUGUGUAGAACCACAUUCUGUGUAUAUGUUUGUUUAUGAUCUUAAAGUUCCUGGAUUCACGUCGCAAAUUGAUUUAGUUCAACACAAAGUUAAACACAUUGAAAUCACUUUGAGUUUAAAAUCAGAGUUUUGUCUUUGACACAAAAGAUCAAAACUCUGGACUUAAAAAUGGGACGUUUUCAUUUCUGCAUCAGGUGCAGAGCGGUGGUGGCUUUUCUACUUUUGACCCACAGGUGGCGCUGCAGUAUAACAGCAGCACAUCCCAGUCAAAGCCUUUAUAUUCAGUCUAUGAGUCAAACACAUGGAUCAUUUCCUCUGUGACAAACCAGAUGUAACGAGAAGAAAAACAUCUCAGAGAGAAAAGUUCUGUUUCUACUUGUCUCUGCUUUAAUGCUCAAUAAACAUCCUUCCACCGACUUCACUGGAA